UUUUGGGCUCCACUGUCUAGAUCGGCGAAACUCUGCGGAGUCGAGCACAGAUCUUCGUCCAGGCUCCUCGCUCUCCUAAUGCUGUAAUGGAAGCGUCGGAUGGGAUCGAGGACACGGCACCAGGAAGGGACGAGGGCGAGAUACUAGGAAGGGACACGGUAAUGGAGCACGAGGCGCCGGAGCUCACGAAGAUAACCUUGGUUGGAUUUGAUCUGAAUAGGUUUCAGGAACUGGUUGGAGAUGUGCCAAAUGACUUUGAAGCUUGGACGUCACUUGUAGCACAUGUUGAGAAAGCUCACCCUAAUGACAUUGAACGAAUCUGCUUGAUUUAUGAUGCCUUCUUGUCUGAGUAUCCUUUAUGUUAUGGUUACUGGAAUAAGUACGCAAAUCACAAGGCACAACUCUGCACUUUGCGUGAGGUCGAGGAAACCUAUGAAAGGGCUGUCCUAGCAGUGCCAUAUUCUGUUGAUAUAUGGGUCAAAUACUGUAGCUUUGGUGUCUUAACAUAUGAGGAUCCUAUGGACAUUCGGAGAUUAUAUGAGCGAGGCUUAUCAUUUGUUAAGAAAGAUUACUUCUGCCAUCAGUUGUGGGACAAGUAUAUUGAAUAUGAAUAUUCCAUUCAGCAAUGGAGUCAGCUAGCUCAUCUUCACAUUAGAACUCUGGUAUUUCCGACAAAGAAAUUACAGAGCUAUUAUGAAAGAUUUAAGAAGUUGGUUGAUAUAUGGUCUCAAAAGAUGGGUUGCCAGCAGGACCUUGAAUUGCCAAGAGAAAGCAUUCCGUUGAGUCAAGGAAUGACAGAUAUUAAGGAUAAUGAAUAUUUAGAAAUUUCCAAACUGAUCAAAGAAUUUAUGGAUCAGAAAGGCGAUCAUUCAAAGAUGGCAUUUAGAAAAUACUUAUCCCUUGGGGAUCAACUUUACAACAGAUCAAGACAGAUAGAUGAAAAGAUCUGUUGCUUUGAAGCACACAUCAGGAGGAGAUAUUUCCAUCUGAAGCCACUGGAUGCUUGUCAAAUAGACAACUGGCACCAGUAUCUUGACUUUGCUGAGAUGCAAGGAGAUUUUGAUUGGACAGUAAAACUUUACGAGAGAUGUUUAAUUGCUUGUGCCAGCUAUUCAGAGUUUUGGGUUCGGUAUGUUGAGUUUGUGGAUGCAAAUGGUGGCCGUGAGAUUGCAAAUGAUGCACUUGGGCGAGCAUUGACUAUCUUUCUUAAGAGAGUUCCAGCAUUCCACAUCUACAGUGCCAUGUUCAAGGAGAAAAUUGGUGAUUUUUCUGCUGCACGUAUUCUAGUUAAGCAGGGUCUGGAUUUGGGUUCUAACUUCAUUGGUACUGUUAAAAAGCUGGCAAACAUGGAAAAGCGUCUGGGAAACACUGAGGUAGCUUACCAGACAUAUGAAAAAGCAAUUGAGUUGGCUAAAGAAAACAAGAAUUUGGAUAUUAUUCCAAUUCUGUACUAUAAUUUUGCUCAAUUUACAUUUGUGGCAAGUGGUAGCAUUGAUGCUGCUAGAGGAGUUUUCAUCAAGGGUUUUCAGCAAGCACCGUGUAGAGCAAUACUAGAGGGACUGAUAAACUUUACAACCAUUCAUGGCAGUGCUUCUGAGAUACCUAUUAUUGAUGUGAUAAUUAUGAAUGCAUUAGAACCAGGUUCAAGUGUAUUUCAAGCUUUGAGUGAUCAAGAUCGUGAAGACAUUUCUAAUUUAUUUGUAGAGCAGUUUGUAGACCUUUAUGGGGAUAUUCAUGAUGCCAGAAAAGCAUGGGAUCGGCAUAGAAAACUCUUCCCACAUAUCAUGGAUCUGUCAGCAAACCAUGCAUCCUCGGAGAAUAGCACUAUGAACAAGAGCAUGAAUGCAGGUAAUGGACCAGGUAUGGAUCUUAUUUGUAAUGGUUGCAUUGUUAAGAGCAACCUUGCUCGAGAUAGGCAGCAAACUACCAAUUUGGCAGUACAAUCUAGUUAUGAUAUCCUUGAAGAAGUGGAUGCAAUUGGCAAGCUGAAUUUAGAGAUAAAUAGAACUGGUACACAGGAAAUCCAAUUAACUGAUGCUAAAAUAAUGGAGCAGUCAGUGAAACAGAGUGGAUCACACGAUGUGGCUAAUGAGCAAGUUCAUGAAACUCAUGAAACUAAUCCACAAUGCUCUAAGAUUGAAGAUAAUCGUGAACCUAAUUUUGAUGACCUCAGGCGGCUACCGUCACUUGAUAAUCUUUCACUAAAAUCUCCAGAUGUUAACAAUCUGCCAGUGAUCUCAACAACUCUGAUUGACUCGGAGCUUGCUGAAGAGGUAAUUACAGUAGUUAGCAGCAGCAAAGGACAAGAUGGUGAGGAUGCAGUUGAGGCAUCUGAAGUCCAUGUACCUGUGACACUAGACGGAAAAUCAAGCUCAUCUUCUCAGCCAGAUCAGUAUAAUGAAUCCUAUUCAUUUCAAGCUACUGGAUCUCCUGCCAUAGAGGCACAACUGAAAUUUCAUCAGCAAUUCAAUCCUCAAUCACAGUCCAACUUGAAACAUGAAUUACCACCUAAUACCAUUGCAUCUCCACAAAUUGCUAGUGGUGGAGGAAGCUGGGAACAAAACAACAAAAGGAAGCAGAAUCCUGAAGAUUCCACAUCACCUGAUGGGCAUAUCCAAAUCCAAGUAUCAGAGCAUCAGAAUGGUCAGGUUCAAGAAGAGGCACAGUACCCUUUGGGUGGAAAUAGCUCACAGCUUCCUCCUGAUCAAUUUCAUCCAUAUCAAUCUCAGGCCACACAAGCUCCACAGGCUAGCCAAAGCCAAGUUCUAUAUCAGAUGGCUGCUGCUCAAGCUUACCAAACUGCCAAUCUUGCUUGGACUGGACAAACCAUGCAGCAUCAGGGAUUGGUAUAUGUGCAGUCCCAACCUAUCUCUCAACCUGCUUCUCAAACCCAGACCUAUGCUUAUCAGCAACUAAACCAGAACAGUGAACAGUAUGGAUAUACCCAAAGCGGCCAAGUAUUUAAUCCUCAAAUCUGGCAAUAUUAUCAGCAACAGAUGUGCUACCUGCAGCAGCAGCAACAGCAAUGGCAACAGCAACAGCAAUCACAGCAGCAGAACCAGCUGACCCCUAAUUCCUCAGAUCUGUUAUCGCAGGUUGAACAGGUACAACAACAGCAAGAAAAGAAGUCUCAGCAGACGCCAACACGGAGCCAACAGCUGGUUAUUCAACUACAAAGGAAACCAAACCAAAAAACUAGCCAACAAGUGCAUGAACAUGCUUCUUCACCUGAACAAAAACAUAACCAACCACAGCAGCAGCAGCAACAAGCAUUGCAACUUCAGCAACAAGAUGAACAGGCUAAUCAGACUCAGCAUCAGCAACAAGCAUCGCAACUUCAGCAACAAAAUGGACAGGCUAAUCAGACUCAGCAUCAGCAACAAGGAUCCCACCUUCAGCAACAAAAUGAACAGGCUAAUCAGACUCAGCAGCAACAACUUCUCUAUCUCCAGCAGCAACAGCAACAGCAACAGCAACAAAUAUAUAUGCAGCAGCAGCAGCUCUACUUGCAGCAACUCUAUCAACAACAGUUAUUCCAGCAGCAACAGCAACAAGUACCACAGCAGCUACAGCAGUAUCAACUAUUCCAGCUGCAGCAGCAACUAUUCCAGCUGCAGCAACAACAGCAGCCGACAAUUGGUACAUCAGAAGUUCAAGUUCAGCCCACUGGUUACUUGCAGGGUGAAGAGUCUAAAUCUCAGAAAGUUGAGCAAUCUCAGAAAGUCGAGCAACCUGAGCAUUCUCAUUCCUCCACCCCCCAGAGGACUCCCACGCACUAAAAUCAAAUCUCCAUUCGAGGUUUUGUGGUUUGGAGCCUAAAUACGAAUUUGCCAUAACAUCAGCUUAGAAGAGUAGCACAUAUUUCACUCGUCAUAACAUCAGCUUAUCAUCCGCAAAGUCACCUACGUGUUUUUUUUUGUUUUUGUUUUGCCAACUAGGAGUGUCUACACAAAAGUCUUAAAUGAAUUAAACAAUGCAGUAGAUAUCUACACCAAGUCGAUCAUCAAGGCUUUGCAAAUGCUCAAUUAAGAGUGUAACAUGUCUAUAAUCUUUGCAAGCACUAUGUUGUAGUUUCACCUCAUUAUAUGAACAAUGCUACUGGGAAACUAGAGUAUUAAUUAUUCUCGUCUCCGUUUUUUCAAUCA